GAUAAAAAACAGCUUAAAUUUUAAAGAUGACCAAAUUUCAUUUAAAUAAUUUCAAAUGAUGACUAUGAUGACCUUUGUGUUAUGAUUUUAUUUACUUUCAUCUAGUCUAAACGUUUUUCUAAUUCCAUUCAUCAAAUUAAUCGUCAAAGAGUAAGGAAGAACCUUACUCUUGGUUUCUAUCCAACAUCAAUUUUAUGAGUGUUCAUCUUUAAACUACUCUGUUCUCAUUUGUAUUUCUUUUUAACCAUCUUUAGUGAUCUUAUAUUUUCAAAUUUUCUUCUCGUAUCUCAAACACGAUGAAUUUUCAACAUUAUAUCUAUUUGGUCAGUGAACAUAUCAACAAUAAACGUGGUGUUCCCUUGUCUCGCCUAUUAACCUAUCAAGACACCGAUCAUGCUACCAAUGAAGCAAUUAUGAACGAGGUGAAUCAAAAUUAUGUCAACAACCAUGUUCAUCCAAAUUGGUCACAAAUUAUUUUUGGUCAUAUCCAUUGUUGUUUUCUUCUGGCUAAUGGGGACUAUAUUUAUGCUUAUAAAGAACAGGCUAACUGCGUCGGUAUGUUAAGUAAAGCAUUGGCCACCAUGAAAGAAGAAAAUUGGAUGGUUCCAGUUAUUUGUGUAAUGGCUCGUGAUUUAAGGUUAUUAGCAAUUGCUGCUGACAUUCAAAAUGGUCAUAAAAAUUCUGGAAAAUCAAGAGAUGGGCUUUACAUUCCUAACGAGUAUUUGGAAAAGGCAGCUGAGCCUCUGAUGUCAAUGUUUCGAGCUGUUGCCAAUGAUUGCAGAACUACUAUGGAAAAGUCAAAAAGAAUAGCCAUGAUGAAUCUUGUUAAUCAAUUAUUCAAGAUUUACUUUCGUGUGAAUAAACUGCAUUUAUGUAAGCCAUUGAUCCGAGCUUUGGAUAAUGCCAAUAUCAUGACGUACUUCACCAAAGCCCAAAAAGUUACCUACUUUUAUUAUCUUGGCAUGAAGCACAUGUUCGAUUCUGACUACAAAAAUGCUGAUAAAAUGUUAUCAUUUUCAUUUGCAAAUUGUCAUUCCAGUUCUCGCAAGAACAAAAGACUCGUCUUAAUUUUUCUGAUACCCGUAAAAAUGCUUUUAGGUGUCAUGCCAACACAAAAACUACUGGAGAAAUACAACCUUAUGCCAUUCGCACCAGUAACCCAAGCUGUUAAAGAAGGUAACUUAAAUGCUCUGGAUAAUGCUCUGGAAACAUACUCUGACUUUUUCUGGAAAUAUGGCAUUUAUCUUAUCUUAGAUAAACUAAAGAUUAUUGCUUAUAGGAAUGUUUUCAAGAAAGUUUGCCUUAUACUCAAAACUCAUCAAGUCCCUAUUGAAUCCUUUCGACAUGUUCUUCAAUUUUUAAGAAAUGAAAACGUUUCUAUUGAAGAGGUUAAUUGUAUUUUGGCUAACCUUAUUUAUGAAGGUAAAAUUAAGGGAUAUAUUUCCCUGGCUCAUCAAAAACUAGUAAUUUCCAAGCAAAAUCCUUUCCCGCCUUUAACUCAAUUGUCAUAAGAGAAAUGAUCAACUUUGCCGAGUAAUAAAGAACCACAAUUUUAAAAAACUA